AUGGUCAAUCCCGCCGCCAUCCUCCCCGCUGCGGCGCUCGUCCCGUUGGCCACCGCCGCUCUGUAUCCCGGCGUCACCACUGACAACCACAGCUGUGUCUUGAGCGAGCCCGUCCUCUCUUGCUCCGCAGAUGCUGUUCCCGGCAAGGUCGACACUUGCUGCUCCGAGACAUUCGGAGGCUUGGUGCUCCAAACCCAGUUCUGGGACGUUUAUACCGGUUUCGAGAGCGAGGGCCAAAUUCUGCCUCAAAAGUCGUGGACCAUUCACGGCCUGUGGCCUGACUUUUGUAACGGCUCGUACACGCAGUAUUGCGACCUGAACCGUCAGUAUGACCCCAAGCCGUCGCCCAACACCACCACUGGCACUCCGAGCGGCACCCCUGUCCCGCCCUACAAGGGCGAAUCCAUUGACAAGUGGUUUGCGCCGUACGGCAAGUCUGACCUUCUUGCCUGGAUGAACAAGCACUGGAUCGCCCAAGGUGACCGCAACUGGGUUCUCUGGGCGCACGAGUACUCCAAGCAUGCCACUUGUUUCUCUACCUUUCAGACUGAGUGCUUCGGUCCCAAGGCCAACAAGUACGAUGACCUAUUCGAGUUCUUCGAGACCGUCAUCAGCUACUACAAGGACCUGCCCACCUGGCACUGGCUCGCCAACGCCGGCAUCAAGCCCUCCAACACGACCGCCUACAGCCUCUCCCACAUCCAGGACGCCCUCAAGUCGGGCUACGGCAAGGUUCCCUACCUGGGCUGCGGCGGCCCCAAGUACAACGAGACGGCGGCCGGCAAGGGCUCCGGCGACAGUGGCCGCACACAGUUCCAGGAGGUUUGGUACUACAACCACGUCGUCGGCCGCGUCCAGAGCAAGGACAUUGUCCGCGUGGACGCCGACGUAGCGGGCGGCAGCCUCGGCAACUGCGCCAAAGCUGACAACGCCAUCUGGUACUACAAGCGCGCCAAGGGCAGCGAGAUCACGGGCUGCCAAAAGUAG